AUGUUUGUCACCAUCUUGUUUGGAGACAGCAGAAUGGAAAUGUUCAAUCUGAACUGUAAACUGAUACACUUCAUCCAUUGUUUGAAGGAGAAGUGCAGCCUGGACUUCAAAGACUGUGUGGAUUUGCUGGACAGCAGUGGUCGGGUGAUGAAUCUGGAGGGGAAGCAGCACAGUAUGGCUCUGGCCAGCAGUGUGCUGGUGGAGAGACAAUACUAUGUCCUGCUGCAAGUUUGCAGAGAUCCUGAUACUGGAGGACCAAAGUAUGUGUCUCUUCUGAACAACUUCAGUCAAAGUCAUCCUGAGUUAACAGAGCUUCUGAGGAAACUAUCAAACCCCAACAACAAGCAAGACAGGAAGACCAGAGGAGGUCGAACGAGGAGCAAAAACAUCUUCACGACCAACAAAAGCCACAGAUGACGAUGUUUUAAUGCGCUUCAUGUUAGAGGUCUUAUUCAUGUGGACACUCGUCUGUAACGAAACUAACACCUAACCUGAUGUAUGAACUCAUUAUUGCAUAACCUGUGUGCUCUAUCUAUAAGGCCAAUCUGUUUCCUUAAUGUUAUAUCCAUUAGAGGAAGAUACUCAUGCAUUAUGCAGUAUGGUAAUCUUCACUAAAAACUGAGCUGUGGCUUAUUGU